UUGGGUCGGAGAUCUAUACACUGUCUUAGUAUUUCUAUUCAGAAUGGAGCCGCUAACUGUUGUAAAUUCAAUCGAUGGGGUACGUUGGUGGCAGUGGGAAGUACUGAUGGACGAAUUUUCAUUUUUGACUUCGUUACUAAAGGGAUAGUGAAGACGUGGACGGCUCAUGCGCUACCAGUGUCGUCUCUGUCAUGGUCUCGUGAUGGUCGAAAAUUGCUUACCGCUUCGGCUGACACCACCGUGGCAAUAUGGAACGUCAUCGAAGCUUCCUGUAUGCACAGAAACGACAAUCAAGUACUGGUUCUUCAACUUAACUAUCCGCCUUGUUUGGAUGAACUUAACCCUCGAUCGCAAAGGAUUAUCACUAACGAUAUUCCGGGCGCUAUAGAAGACGGGGUUUCAGCGAUAGCGUUUGAUCGUAGAGCGAACUAUUUAAUCACUGGGACAAACAAGGGAAAGCUGGUCGUUUACGAUGCGAAGACUCUCAAGAUGGUUUCUUGGGGAAGACAAAACAGUGUUCAGCAGAUUAAACAGAUAGUGAUUCCAAGGAGAGGGAACUUCAUCAUCACAAAUUCCCAGGACCGCAUAAUACGUACAUUUGAUCUUAACGACAUUUUGGAUUGUUAUUACAUCUGUGGUGCAAGUACAAAAGCACAUUCUCUGUACGUCUGGGAGCGGACGACGGGAACACUGAUCAAGAUUUUGCAUGGGACAAAGGGAGAGUGCUUAAUGGAUGUGCAGUGGCAUCCGAUACGCCCAGUUAUCCUUUCCGUUGCCAAUGGAAUAGUUUCAGUAUGGACGCAGGCACACGUCGAAAACUGGUCAGCAUUUGCACCCGAGUUUACUGAACUAGAAGAAAACGCUAAAUAUGAGGAGAAAGAAGGAGAAUUUGACUUAGACGACGAGGAUGCAGAUGUGGACGAUAAAGGACAUUCCCAGGAUUCAGAUGAAGAAAUAAUCGACAUCGAGUCUUUGAAACCCAGCGAAAUCUUAUGCAGCUCUGAUGAGGAAGACAAUAUCAAUAGCCUGCUGCCUGAUGUGACUUUGAAGACUGGUCCACUUUGGUUUUUGCCCAUUACACCAGAGUGUGACAACACUGAUACCCUACCAUUACCAGGAGGACAUUUUACGGGUAUCUCUUUGGAGUAG